AGGGCAGAGCAUUCGCUCUUUGGAGAAAAUUAGGUUUCCGUGCAGAAAAUGUAGGCUGAAAAGCUGGGUAUAUAAGCAGCGGCUUCAGUUCUACAUUUUCAUCAGUCACUCGACGAUUCAACGCAAACAACAAACAACAAUGGCUUCUAUCAAGAUGAUCGUUCUGUGGGCCUUCUUGGUCGUUUUGGUUGCUGCAGUCAAUGCCGCUCCCCGCUAUUUCAUCAUCGAUGAUGGCGAAGUUGAUGUAGCUGCUCCUGCUCCGUUGGUUCGCGUCCGUCGCCAGGACAAGUACGUUGCAUCGGCCAGCGGUGGCAAUUACGGCAAGGGAACUGUUGGCCCCGUCUACACAUUCGUCAAAACCGACCCUAAGGCCAACUUCAAGUGGGGAGUCCGCCACAAGGCUGGAGUCCAAUACGGUCGUUAAAUAGCAAUAGCCAGGCCGACGUUCCCCUAACCCAGAUAAUCUUCCUCAAGCUGGAUCUUGAAACGAUGAAAAAGACUUACAUUUCACGCUAUUUGUUCACCCAUCCAUUCAUUUUUGUUUUUUUAAGUCACCCCGGCCUUAAAAUCAUAACACAUGAUCAUUCAUUUCAAUUCUUUUGGAUUGUCUGUCGUGAGUAACCCCUGUUAUCUAUUGUCAGUUGUUACUGUCUGCAGCGUUAAAAAAAUACAAACCUAAAUUUAAAUUCA